CAAGAGGCACUUCAAGGAAUGCAUCAGUUUUAUCCACCAGUGUCGUCUGCACGGAGGGAACUGCCUCGUCCACUGCCUCGCCGGCAUCUCCCGCAGUACCACCGUGGUCGUCGCCUACGUCAUGGCCGUCACGGAGCGGAGCUGCCAGGAGGUGCUGGCGGCCAUCCGAACCGUCCGCCCCGUCGCCAACCCCAACCCCGGCUUCAGGCAGCAGCUAGCUGAGUUCGGCAGCGGUGCAGCCCGCCAGGUCCGCAGGCACCUGAAGCAGAGGUAUGGGACAUCCCCUUUCAACGACGAGGAAGAAAUAAAGGCCUUGCUGCCGGCGGGGAGAGGAGGACCAUCCAGGACGGAGGGAGCUCUGCAAGGACUGGUCCCAAGAGCCAGAGACAUCAGGAGCACGACUCCCUUCCUGCUGCGGGUGAAGAGGACGUUCUCCUGCAUCCCGGCUUGUCUGAAGUGA